AGCUGAGAGAUACAGUGGAGUCCCUUCGGGAACGGAGACAAAGCUCCAGUACAAAGUAAAUUGGAUAUUUUGGCUGGAUCGCUGUGGUCCUAGGGGUUUGUUUGGUGUGCCAAGCAUGGACACUACGGAGCACUACCGAGACCAGGGUUGUGAUGGCAUUGAGCUGCUCGACUGGCUGUUUGAUCAAAACGAUGGAAUUCUCCGUCAUGAGGAAACAGGACGGCAUGGCAACCAUCACACCUGGCCAAUCCAGGACCCAAAUAUGCUGCAGCCGGCCGGACAGGCAGACGAUGACUUCCUCAAUGCCCUCCUGACGGGAAGUGAUUCUGUGUCAGGCUCACCUCUCUGGUCCCCUUCUCACAGUGACAGCGGGAUUAGUGAGGACCCUCCAUCAGACCAGAUGGACAGCCCUCAGCGCCCAGAGAGCCCCCCAGGGGACGCUCAGUUUUUCAGUACGGGGCCACAGUCAAAGGCAGCCCUGGAAGCCAACGUCUCAAUUGACCUCAAUGGCUGGGAGCCCACCUUCCCAACGGGCAGGACAAGGAUUACACAAUAUCCCUCAGAUGUACAUAGACCGCAGCUGUCCUCUGGCUUCCCGCUAACUGUCAAGGAUCUGCUACUGUCUGGCACACCGGAACCCCCUCCACACCCAUCCCAACAGUCCAUCCAAGAGUUGAUUCUCAAUGAAGAUGAGAAGAAGCUUUUAGCAAAGGAGGGGGUGAAUCUACCAAGCCAACUACCUCUUACAAAGUACGAAGAGAGGAUUUUGAAGAAAAUACGCCGAAAGAUUCGCAAUAAGCAGUCUGCCCAGGAGAGCAGGAAGAAGAAGAAGGAGUAUAUUGAUGGGCUGGAGAGCAGGAUGGCUGCCUGCAAUGCACACAAUCAGGAGCUGCAGAGGAAAGUGUCCCAGCUGGAGAAAUGCAACAUGUCACUAAUGGAACAGUUGCGCAGGCUGCAGGCUCUUGUCAUGAAUACAUCUAACAAGUCAGCCCAGACAGGGACAUGUGUACUGGUGCUCCUGCUGUCCUUCUCCCUAAUCCUGUUCCCCAGCCUCAAGCCCUUCUCUGACACCAAGGUCAGCCAAGGAGACUUCACUCCAGUCAGAAUCCAGUCACGGUCCCUGCAGAACCUCCAGGCCUCCCGUGUGUUGCAUGUCACUGACCCCCACUUCUCCACUGAGGAUGAAUCUGAGCCUCUGCACCGGCAUUUCCCAGGAGACCUGGAUUUGGAAGAUAUUACCACAUUGAUGGGAAAGCUGGGAGUAAACCAAGACCGGACCAGUUUGGAGCCCAUGUCUCUUAACAACAGUCAGGAAGAGAGGAUGGAUCAUUUUCAUGUGGACCCAAUUACUGGUCACAUAGCUACUUUGACCUUGGAUCCCCACCGAUCUGCCAGGCUCCGACCACAUGCUGAUGACAUGUAAAAGGAAUGAAUAAAUUAUCGCUGCAAGAAUUCCCCAAACCGCCCUCCUCCCAAUGAUAGAACAAGGCAUUAUCUGGGGCUGCUGUUUACACAGACAGGGGAAUUAGGUUUUAAUCAUUCCUGUUUUGCCUUUAAUAUAUAUGUAGUCUGUAUACCUUUUCCUUAUUUGUGAUACUGUUUUAUAUAUCAGUAUAUGGAUUUAAAUCUUACACUGAAAUUGCCUGUCAAGAUAAACUGUGUAUCUUUUGCCUCCUGGCUUUGAUAAAAUGCCAGUGUAAAUUAAUGUGUUUGAGAGUGUCAAAAACUGGGUAAAUAGAGCGGUGAUGAUGUGUACAGUUUUGAUGUGAACGGAUAAUUCGUAAAACGUUUAAGGAUUUUGAAAGCAUGUUUUCUUUCAAGCUUUGAUUGGAUUUGUUUAGAUUCAUUCAUGGGUAAAACUGCCUCAAAUAAAAAUGUCAAAGAGUGAUCAGAAGGCUCAAAGCACUGUGAAUUUAUUAUCUCUAUGAUGUUUUACAGCUUUAAUAAUUAAAAAGAACCCUUUUUAAUUUUCCUGAACAGUGCCUGAAAGUGUAUUAUCCAGUGUCUAGACAGGCCUUCUUUCCAAAGGCGAGUACAGUAGGUUUGAUGUUAGUGGAUAGAUGGUUUACAGAGAGGGAGACAGAAAACUGGGCCAAAGGUGGAACAGAUGACCUCUUAUCUCAUGACUCAGACUUCUUACUCAAUAAUCGACAUGUUGACAUAUUUACCCAUGGAAGACAGGCUAUAGCUUGUGUCCACAGCACUCAACGUGUCUGGCUUGUCAGUGCAGACCACACAGUGAUGAGAUGAAAGGGCUCUUAUCCUCGAUGCCACUUAGGUGCAAAAUUCAUCUAACAUUUAAGGUAUGACUUGUUCAGGUUGACAUUUUCUCUGGUCAGCUAGGCUUAACUUCAAGGGAGGG